UUUCAACCGACUCUUCUUCCCACAAAGACAAACUAACUUUACUAUCUGAACAUAAAACUCAGAAAUUAGAUUCAAAGAAAUACAGACAAAAACCAAUACAUGCUUUUUUUUUUUGUGUAUUAAGGAACGAAUCUGUGGUUUCGCAUAAAAGGGACAAGAGAAGAGUGAUAGAAGGGGAUUUCACGUUCUGAAGAAAGAGACCCCAAUCGAUGGUUUUUGUAUGAUUUUCGAAAGCAGAGGGAAUUUGACUGCAAGGCAAAUUAGUUGAAAUCACUUUAUUACUCUUAGAAGAAGCAGAGACGACAAUAAUGGCUUUUUUCAAGAUUGGAUUGCUACCUUGGUUUCAGAAGAAGAUCGUCGAUCCCCUUUAUCAAAUCCUCCGCAGGGGCGCAGAACCAAAGCAAUUGGCAUUCUCUGCUGCUCUUGGCAUCACCUUGGGUUUGUUUCCAAUUUGUGGGGUCACCGUGUUAUUGUGUGGCAUGGCCAUUGCGGUGCUGGGAUCCCUUUGCCAUGCGCCAAGUGUGAUGCUUGCCAACUUUAUUGCGACUCCAAUGGAGUUAAGUUUGGUGGUACCCUUCCUUCGCUUUGGUGAAGCCAUCUCUGGUGGGCCCCAUUUUCCAUUGACAUCUGACGCUCUGAAUAAGGUUUUGACUGGCGAAGCUUCACGUGAAGUUAUAUUAAGCAUUGCCCAUGUGUUGUUGGGAUGGCUUGUCGCAGCGCCUUUUAUUUUGGCUGCACUGUAUGUGGUAUUCUUGCCGUGUUUCAAGAUCUUGGUUUGCAAGUUCAGCACUAUUCCAGCAAGCCCUAAGAAGUCGCCACUGCACCCAUAAGUUCGGCUCAAGGUCAGAGAUGUUUGAUUAGAACAGUUAUAAGGGCAAUGUGCCUUUACAAAAAGGAACAAUGAUUAUCCCUUUCAACACAAUAAGAUGUGGCUUGUACAUAGACUUUUACAAGUUGCUGUAUGUAAAAUGCCCGGUUCCUGAAGAGACAACUUUGAAGUCACAAAUUACCCUGAUUGCACUUUGAAGUGCUAUGAGAUUGAAAUAGUCGACUGAUUGAAUUUUCCUAAAGUGACAAACCAUUGGCAUUAAUAAAUGAAUUGUUUCAA